AUGAAUAUAACAAAUAUUCUAAAAGAAUUAAGUGGACAUUUUAUCAGUCUUACAGAAUACGGACUUAAAUAUGGACCUCAAGGUAAAAUGCUAUUAAAAAACCUUGAAGAACAGUGGUUUUUACACUGUAUUACGAUGUCACGCUAUAAUAUAUUUCUAUCAGAUGAAUUUAAUAAUACUUUAAAUUUUGUUAUUAAAACUGAAAUGAGUGAUAUACCAUUUGGAUUAGCUAAAAUAGAAAAUUCCAAAAAUUAUUGGACUUCAAAUUUAUUACCUAUGAAAAAAACAAAUAUUCACAGAAUUGCUGAAACAACUAUUUUUCAAAGUGAUACAGAAACAAAAGAUUUGUUUCAUAAUAUACAAAAAGAACGUAAAAUUUGGUGGCGAAAACUGGCACAAUUUCCUUCAAGAUUUAAGCUUACAGAAGAGAAAAAAAUAAAAAAUUGUAAUGUAGUAGAUAUUGAAGCACAAUUUUCAUUUGGUAAUGUUAUUGUGGAAAAAAUAGCGUACCAUACAGAUGUUCGAAAAUUAUUCUCUCAAGUUGAUAGUAAAAAAGACUUUACCAAUGUACAAAUGGUCGAACAUAAAGCAUCUUUAGAUUGGGGCUGUUUAGCACUACUUUGUGACGCAUAUGACAUGAAUAAAUCUAACAAAAUGCAUCUUCAUUCCAAAUUAGCACCACAUAAAGUUGCAUUUCAUAUAAAAAGAACAAAUAAUGAAGAGAAUACUCAAAAUGAUGAUUUAAAUCGCUUUGUACUUUACUUAAAUAACAUGUUAAGAACAAAGGGCCUAAAUACAAUAUUAACCACUUCAGAAAAAAUUAUAAAUACAUGCUUGAUUCCUUUCAUAAUUUCUGUUGAUGCGACUAGUCUUGAAAAUGGCAUUAUAUAUAUAAGGGAUAGAUCAACAACUCUCAGUGAAGCAAUACAUGUAACCGAUUUAGUAAAAUAUAUAAUUCUGCGUUGUUAAUUAAUUAAUGUGAUUUAAUUUCAUUUAAAUAAAAUUAAUAUAUCAAAAGUUUAAAA